CUCGAUCACUCGGAUACACUCAUGACGGUGACAACUAAAUAGGCACGGGCAACAACCAUAACGUUUGCGCCCCCCGCACGCGCCAAGCACAAUAAACAUUUGCAUUAUUGUUUCGGAGGCGUCACUUGUCGAACGUUCGAUUUCCCCUCUUUCGCUCUCUGUUAGGGCUUCGAAAUCGCGAGCGUGCGAGCGAGAGAGAUAGAGAGAGGCAGAGCGCGCGCGAGAGAUGACUUACACAAGGGUAGAAAGGUCAUCUACUUCGCCACCCAGCUCACCCUCGCCUGUUAGAGGACGUAGAUCUAGAUCUUUGUCCAGGUCUAGAAGGAGCCGUUCGAGGAGCCGUGAGUCCCAUGAAUCAAAAAAUCCUGGCAAUAACUUGUAUGUGACUGGCUUAUCCACAAGAGUUGCUACUAGUGAUCUUGAGAGAUAUUUUGGCAAGGAAGGGAAGGUUAUGGAGUGCCAUCUUGUUACUGACCCUCGAACCAGAGAAUCUCGUGGUUUUGCUUUUGUUACUAUGGAAACUGUUGAGGAGGCAGACCGCUGCAUUAAAUAUCUAAACCGCUCAGUGCUUGAAGGUCGAUUAAUCACUGUGGAGAAGGCAAAAAGGAAGCGUGGCAGAACACCAACUCCAGGCAGGUAUCAUGGUCUGAGAGAUAAACGAGGACAUGGCCGUAGGCGUUCUCGUAGCUAUUCACCUCGGCGAUGGCAAGACAGAGAUCCUUAUUCAAGGGAUCGACGAGGAAGAUCACGCUCCCCUUAUGGUAGGAGGACCGAUGAUUAUUAUGACUCGCAUAGGAGGCGCAGGGAACGGUCUCUGUCUGCUGGUGGCAGCGGAUACAGUAGGGGAAAUUGAUGCCCAAUUGCUAGUAGAUGUUUACCCCUUGAUUGGACAUUGAAGCGGGACCUUUCUUGCGAUAUUCAUGGCUAUUUUCUCCUGGUGUACCUUUCAAAAACUGUGUAACGCUCCAAGACGGACUAUUGUUUCUUAUAUUUCCUGUUGUACAUCAACUAUUUCCUUUUCUAUUUUUUU